AUGGCACCCGUGGAGACAGAGUACUAUGAUUUGCUGGGCGUCCCAGUCGAUGCGGACGAUACGCAGCUCAAGAAAGCGUAUCGGAAGCAGGCCAUGCUUUAUCACCCGGACAAGAACCCAUCGCAGGACGCAGAAGAGAAGUUCAAGGAGAUCAGCAAAGCGUACCAAGUCCUGUCCGACCCGAAUCUCAGAGCAGUGUACGACAAGAAUGGCGCAUCAAUGGUUGACAAAGAGGGCAAUGUCAACAUCGAAGACGCCGCUGGAUUCUUUGCCAAUGUAUUCGGAGGAGAGCGCUUCGCAGAUUACAUUGGCGAGAUUGCCAUCAUGAAGGAUAUGACUUCGGUGGCGACGACGAUGAUGACGGAAGAAGAGAAGGCCGAGAUUGAGAAGGCGAUGAACGCGCAUAAAGAAGAAGACAAGACGAAGCACGUUGCCGAGACCGCAUACGUUCCACCGACCGCUGCUGCUGGUGCUGAUUCCAAGCCCACCGCCUCUGGAGCUGCCAGCACCACUUCUCACACUGCUCCUGGUGAAUCGAGUACCGCCUCAUCGCUCGCACCCGACGCAGCAUCAACAGCCACUUCAACCGGUACCACGACGCCUAAUGGAUCACCUGCCUCAAUCGCCGAGGAGAAGGAGCGUGAAAGGAAACGACGGGCAGAACAGAGGGAGAAGCUGAGGGAGCACGAAGAGCAGAGGCGAAAGGUCAUGCAGGAACGGGUAGCUGGUUUGACCACCAAAUUGGUUGAGCGGUUGAGGCCAUUCGUUGAGGCUAGGGACCCCGGGGGAAAGGAUGAUCCCGAGACCAAGGCCUUUGAAGAAAAGAUGAGGAAGGAGGCUGAUGAUCUGAAACUCGAGAGCUUUGGCGUGGAGCUCCUGCACACUAUCGGCAGCGUUUAUGUGAUGAAAGCCACAUCUGCUUUGAAGUCGCGAAAGUUCUUGGGAAUUCCAGGAUUCUUCUCCAGGUUAAAGGAGAAGGGGACCUUAGCGAAGGAUAUGUGGGGUGUCAUCGGUAGCGCGCUGAGCGUCCGCGAUGUCGUUAUGCAAAUGGAAAAGGCUCAAUUAAAGGGCGACGUCGACGAGGAAGAGUUGCGCGCUCUUGAAAUGGACGUCACUGGGAAGAUUCUGCUUGCUUCGUGGCGUGGAGCGCGUCUUGAAGUUGUCCAAGUCGUGCGAGAGGUCUGCGAGAACGUCUUGAAAGAGCCCGGUGUCUCUGAUCAAGUGCUUUACAACCGGGCAAAGGGACUGUUGUUGUUGGGUGCGAUUUUCAAGUCCACCGUCCCUGACGAGUCCGAUGAAGAGCGCCGUGAACUUGAGCGAAUGGUCGCUGAGGCUGCCAAGCCAAAGAAGAAGGCACCCAAGGAUAAACACAAGAAGGCUACCGUUGAAAAGGAGAAGAGCCCCGCUCCAACACCCGCACCUGGCGCGUCACCUGCCACUGGCGCCACCGCCUAA